AUGGACGAGACGGUGCCGAUCCCGACGCUCAUGGCGGCGCUGAACCCGACCGGCAACGCGCUGCAAUUUGUACUGGGCUUUGGGGCGUUUUGCGCCAAACAUACCUGCGCCCAGAGCAACUGUGCUGAACGCACUUUUAACGGCGGCAAAUUCUGUGCGCUUCAUACUUGUCGGUAUCAGGGCGGGUGUGGCGCCGAAGUCGAAGAUCAGAAGAGGUACUGCGCGGCGCACAUGUGCCAGUCGAGGAACUGCAACGGCGAGGUUAUUGCGAACGGGCAGUUUUGCGUCGCUCAUACCUGUCACGCGCCGGGUUGUACCGCCGAGGCCCAGGCCAAGGGCCGGUACGCCGGCUGGUGCCACUACCACGAGGAGGAGAGCAGCGACUCGGACACCAGCGACUACUGCUGUAGCAGCAGCAGCAGCGACGAAGACGACAACGGGUGGGGAAAUCCCCCAUGGCCAGGAUGGCCUGGUUUCGCAACAGGUGGCAGCCGUCAUCAUCGCCGAGGCAGGAGACGUCGGAGACGUAGUCGCCGGGGAGCUGUUCCCGGGUUCCCGUAG